AUGUCAGAAGUACUUCCAGUUGAUUCUGGCGUGGACGCAUUGGCCGUGUUUAUGGCAAGCGGCAGCACGACGGACGUUGUGAACCGCAACAGCCCCGCCACCCCGCCAAACACCCUUAACCUGCGCUCCUCUCACAAUGAACUUCUGAAUGCAGAGAUCAGGCACACGGAGACCAAGAACAGCACUCCUCCGAAAUGCAGGAAAAAAUACGCGCUGACUAAUAUUCAGACAGCCAUGGGUCUUUCCGAUCCAGCAGCUCAGCCCCUUCUGGGCAACAGCUCUGCAAAUAUAAAGCUGGUGAAGAAUGGAGAGAACCAGCUCAGGAAAGCUGCCGAGCAGGGACAGCAGGAUCCCAACAAAAACCUCAGUACCACUGCGGGCAUAAACGUAACUUCUGAGAAGUUUGAAGGCAAAGAGCCGAUCCCGCAGGAUUCCUCUGGCUGUGAGAUAUUGCCCUCGCAGCCAAGGAGGACCAAGAGCUUCCUGAAUUAUUACGCGGAUCUAGAGACAUCUACUAGAGAGCUAGAGCAGAGUUUUGUUGCGAUGGAAGAGAAAUCUACACAAAGCAACAGCCAGGCUUCUACUCUUAUUGUCAAUGGGGAAGUCCUGCCCCGGAAACAAAACCAGCUGUCAAGCCCAGAGGAUGGCCAAGUUGCCACAGUGUCCUCAAGCCCAGAGACUAAGAAAGACCACCCCAAAACUGGGGCCAAAACAGAUUGUGCCCUCCAUAGGAUUCAAAACCUGGCCCCAAGCGAUGAGGAUUCCAGCUGGACCACGUUGUCCCAGGACAGCGCCUCGCCGAGCUCACCCGAUGAAACAGCAGAUAUCUGGAGUGAUCAUUCAUUUCAGACAGACCCAGACUUACCACCUGGCUGGAAGAAAAUCAAUGACAUUGCUGGGAUCUACUACUGGCACAUACCAACAGGAACAACUCAGUGGCAGCGUCCCGUGUCCAUUCCCACAGAUCUCCAGGACUCACGAAAAGGAUCGCUUGGUUCCAUUACUCCAUCUCCUACUCCAGAAACUGAG